AUGUUAAUAAUCGGCCUAACCGGCUCCAUCGCCACCGGCAAAUCGACCGUCUCCUCCCUCCUCUCCUCCCCGCCGUACUCCCUCCCGAUCAUCGACACGGACCUGCUGGCUCGGAAAGUCGUCGAACCGGGCACGGAAGGCUACAAGGCCAUCGUCAACUACUUCGGCCCGACGACCCCAGACCUCCUUCUCCCGGCGUCGCCGCCAGAUUCUGCCUCCCCCAAUGACACCACCACGACCCCCACCGACCCGCCCAGCGACAGCACUCCCCGCCCCCUCAACCGCCUCGCCCUCGGCCGCCGCGUCUUCGGCACAACCGAGGACCGCAAACGCGACCGCAUGAUCCUCAACAAGAUCGUGCACCCGCUGGUGCGCCGCGAGGUCUACAAGGCGCUCGCGGCCUACUACGUGCGGGGCCACUGGGCCGUCGUCCUGGACGUGCCGCUGCUGUUCGAGAGCGGGAUGGAUCUGAUCUGCGGCACCGUGGUGGUGGUGGGCGUGCGCGACCCGGCCGUGCAGAUGCAGCGGCUCCGCGCCCGCGACCCGCAUCUCUCCGCGGAGGAGGCCGAGAAUCGCGUCCGCAGUCAGGGCGAUGUUGCCUCCAAGGCGGCGCGCGCGGAGUGGAGGGGGGAGCGCAGGGGCUUGGUGGUGUGGAAUGAUGGCAGCAAACAGGAGUUGGAGGGGGAGGUGCGGCGCGCGUUGGCGGUGGUGCAGGCGUCCAGUCCGCGGUGGUGGGCUUGGGUGCUCUUGGUGCUGCCGCCGGUGGGGGUUCUGGCGGCGGUGUGGAAUCUGGGGGUGAAUUUUUGGGGCCGGAGGGGGUGGGAGACGGUCGAGAGGGAG